UCUCUCGCGCGGGCGCCUACUGUGUGCGUCACUUCCGGGCGGCGCGGAACGGAAUAGCCAACGGCCUGAAGAGCAUCAUGCCCAAGUUUUAUUGUGACUACUGCGAUACAUACCUCACCCAUGACUCUCCAUCUGUGAGAAAGACACACUGCAGUGGUAGGAAGCACAAAGAGAAUGUGAAAGACUACUAUCAGAAAUGGAUGGAAGAGCAGGCUCAGAGCCUGAUUGACAAAACAACCGCUGCAUUUCAGCAAGGAAAGAUACCUCCUACUCCAUUCUCUGCUCCUCCUCCUGCGGGGGCAAUGAUCCCACCUCCUCCCAGUCUCCCGGGUCCUCCUCGUCCUGGUAUGAUGCCAGCACCCCACAUGGGGGGCCCUCCCAUGAUGCCAAUGAUGGGCCCCCCUCCUCCUGGAAUGAUGCCCGUGGGACCUGGUUCUCAGCAUGGGCCUCCUGCUCACCUUUCCUACAACUCCGAACAAACGCUUAGUGCUCCUGGAAUGAGGCCGCCUAUGGGAGGCCACAUGCCAAUGAUGCCUGGGCCCCCAAUGAUGAGACCUCCCGCCCGCCCCAUGAUGGUGCCCACUCGGCCAGGAAUGACUCGGCCAGACAGAUAAGGAGAUUGGGGAGCCUCUUUGUAUCAGUUUUAUGUUACUUGUUCUGCUUCACCAGGAGAUCAUGGUGCUGUGACUCUGGGUGUUUUCCAACAGCAUGACAAGGAAGACUCCUCCCCCUUCCUAUCAAAGAGAGAGUAGUUUUGGAGGGGAGUAGUGGGACAAAAAGCAAUUUUCAUUUGUAUUGUGAAAUGUGAAAAUAAAAUUGUCAACUCUUUUAGUUUUAAAAA